AUGCGCAUCCUGCGGAGUGGAGCGGAGCGCUCGCCCGGGCCGCCGCCGCCGCCGCCGCCGCCGCCGCCAGGCCUCGAUCCCCGCUCAACAGCUGAGAGUUGUUUUUUUUUGUCUCCUGCAAAAUUUAAUCAUUCAUCAGCUCCUUCACCGGGGUCAGAGAUAUUUAUUCGGACUCGGACAUUGGUGGAUGAAAGCCACGCUCUCUCGCGCGUCGCCGCAGCUCUGAGGGAAGAUGGCGCCGCCGCUCCGGCCAAGUCGCACAAGGUCGGGCUGCGCGCGCGCCUCCUGCGCCGCAUGAAGGGCUGGUGCAGCUACGGCCGCAGCGACGCCGCGCCGGGCCUCCACGAGGAGGACGAGGGGGAGCAGGAGGAGACGGGCUACGUGGAGAGGCCCGCCGCCCCGCGCCCGCUCAGGAUCCGCACGCGCGACCUCUUCAACUGGAGGCGAGAGUUCGAGAUGGCCGUCGGCGACGUGCUGCGGGUGGCCGUGUGCGGCGGCGAUGCCAAGGCAAAGGCCAAGGCCAAGAUUCCACGUCGCAUUUGAUAUAAGUAAGCAAUUGCACUCUCACUUUUAUGCACUUUUAGCGAAGAGGAGUCAUUGAUUGAUGACUAUUUUUAAAUGUAUAAUAUUUAUCUAAGAAUAUA